AUGUUCAUGGCCAUGCAGGACGAGUACGAGAAGAAGCACGACUUCUACGACGAGUACCACGAGGACGGGGAGCACGAGAAACACGGCGGCUACCACCACGAGCACGAGGGCAAAAAGGGUGGACACGAGAAGAGGGGACACGCAGACUCCGCUCGCCACGAGCACCACCAUGGCAAGAAGAAGAAGCACGAGCAGGGUCGUCACCAUCGCCAGCAGAAGGGUCGCAAAUUUGACGAAGGCCACGACAGCCAUCAUCAAUACGACAAGAAGUACGGGAAGAAGGGUGGGCACGAAUCGGGGAAGAAAUGGUUCGCGAGCAGCGGUCGUUAA